UCUACCAAAAAGUGCUAUGUCCUGAGGUUACAGUGUGGACAAAGAAGAGGUAUUUUCUUGUAGGGAAGAAAUGGAGCAAGCUUGAAGGGCUAGAAGCCCAGUCUGGGAAUCUGGAGGGGUUGAAAACACAAAACGGAUUUUGAGGGCAAGUAAUCCUAAGAACUAGGUAAUCGUUAAAAAUAAAGAAACAAGAAAACAUUCACCUUUUAUCCUCCUUUUAAAGACUUAGGUUUUCCUCUCUAAAGAUACUUGACUCAAAAAGUCCCCUUCUCAUCUCCCUGCUGGAAACUUCGGCUGGAAAGCAGGAUUGCAGUUGGAAUGCAUUUUGCAGUUAGAGAAGACUAUGGAGACUUUUAGUGAUACAACACUCCAUUAAGAACUUCCUCACCAAACCCAAGGAAGAGAUCAGGCAAGAUUUGUGCUGGGCACAUCCUUUGGAGUGAGGCUGUGCUGGGCAGGUAUUCCCUCUUACUCCUCACUCCGUGACAGCUAAUCAGUAACCAAGGACCAUGUGACUACUGCUCACAGAAACCUGAACAGGCAGGUGCUACUGAUCGUGGAACUGGGACUGAGGAGGUGUUGAUUCCAAAGUAUCAUUCCUGAAAAAUCAGGAUCUCACACUUUCAAGAGAACUCCACAGAGGUGAUGCCAGGGAAGUCAAAAUUUAGAAAGCUCCUCUGAAGAGAAAGAGAAGAUUCAACAGGCCACUGUGAUGCUUCAAGCAAAGCAAUAUGAGAAAGACAAGAAGCUUCAGGCAUAAGACAGCUAAAGACAAUAAAACACUUACAGAAGUGAGUGAGCAAGAAUCUGAAAAAGAUGGUAGUCAGUGCUUGGAUCCUGCAACAAACAUGAGAGUUCAGGCUGAAAAGAAACAGUAUGUAUGUACUGAGUGUGGGAAAGCCUUUAGUCAGAGUGCAAAUCUUACAGUACAUGAAAGAAUACACACAGGAGAGAAACCCUAUAAGUGUAAGGAGUGUGGAAAAGCCUUCAGUCAUAGCUCCAACCUUGUUGUUCAUCGAAGAAUCCACACUGGACUGAAGCCCUACACAUGCAGUGAAUGUGGGAAAUCUUUCAGUGGUAAGUCACACCUCAUUCGGCACCAGGGAAUCCAUAGUGGGGAGAAAACUUAUGAAUGUAAGGAGUGUGGGAAAGCCUUUAGUCGGAGUUCAGGUCUUAUUUCACAUCAUAGAGUUCACACUGGAGAAAAGCCCUACACUUGUAUCGAGUGUGGGAAAGCCUUUAGCCGUAGUUCAAACCUUACUCAACAUCAAAGAAUGCACAAAGGAAAAAAAGUUUACAAAUGUAAGGAGUGUGGGAAAACAUGUGUUUCUAAUACAAAGAUUAUGGACCAUCAGAGAAUUCACACAGGGGAGAAGCCUUACGAGUGUGAUGAGUGUGGAAAAGCUUUCAUUUUAAGGAAGACCCUUAGUGAACAUCAGAGACUUCACCGUAGAGAGAAACCUUACAAAUGUAAUGAAUGUGGGAAAGCUUUUACUUCUAACCGAAACCUUGUUGAUCAUCAGAGAGUUCACACUGGAGAGAAACCCUAUAAAUGUAACGAAUGUGGAAAAACCUUCAGGCAGACUUCUCAAGUUAUUCUACAUUUGAGAACGCACACUAAGGAGAAACCCUAUAAAUGUAGUGAGUGUGGGAAAGCCUAUCGUUAUAGCUCACAACUUCUUCAACACCAGAGAAAACAUAAUGAGGAGAAAGAAACAUCAUAAAUAACAUAUAUUGUCGUUUGUAGGCCUAAUUGCUACUUUCUGGAAAAACAAUUUUUCAUUGUUCUCAACCUUAAUUCAAUUUCUAAGACUCCAUACAGGGAAAGUAACCAGAAGCAGACAAAGAUUAACAGAGGGAUAUUCAUGCUAGCAUCAUAUAUAACUGAAGGAAGAGAACUAGAUUUUCAGUAGUAUAGGGUUUAAAUGAAUGAUAGUCUAUCUACAUGAUGGUUUUGCAGCCAUUAUAAACAUUCUUAAAGAAUAUUUAAUGUCAUGGGGAAAAUUAUUUGUAUGAAAUGGAAGAUAAAAAACAAAUUUGAUCCAAAUUUUUAAACAUUUACCUAUAGGAGAAAAAUGGGAAUGAAAUAAUACCAAACCAAAACGUUGACAGUGAUUAUCAUUGGGUGAUAGGAUUAUAGGUGAUUUCUAUUUUCUUUAUACUUUUCUAUGCUUCUUAGAUUUUCUACAAGAAUGUAGUACUUUUAUAUUCAGGAAAGAAAUACAGUAUUUUUUAAAUGCAGUGAGUAUGUGCUCAUUUUCACUCAGCAGUGUUAUGCAAGUCAUGUAGAACAUGGACCCUAAACUCAUGGGAUUCCACCCUAAUACUGGCAGUUGGUAGCAGUGGGAGCAUGAGCAAGUCAUUUCCUUUUAGAGCCUGUUUCCUGUUUAUUAAAUAAUAAACACCAGUCGUUGGUCUUUUGCAGUUUUAAAAUAAGCUGACUUUUUUUUAACUCUUAGGUUAAAAGAAAAACAAAAAUUUAUUGCAUUCUUCUUUCCCACAGUUGUAGAAGGCAGGUAAUAGAGACUUCAUCUUUUCAAUAUAUAUCUAUAAAACCAGAAAUAAUAACCCCUUAUGAAACUGAAACAAUUGCAGCUGCAUAACCUGUAAAGAUGUCAGCAUAAUCUAAAAUGAGGGGAAGACUCUGCCUUCUCAUGUACAGUUUAGUAGCUUAAAGUGUGAACUUUGGGAUCAGAGAUACGUCUUCUGAUCCCAGAUCUGCCACACAUUAGCUUGUCAGUUUUGGACAAGUCACUUAACUGUGCUGAGCCUUAGACUUAUCUAUAAAAAGGGAAUAAUGACCUACCUAACAGGGUUGUGAGGAUUUAAUGAGAUAAUGCCUGGAUUGUGUGACAAAGCUGGCCCAUAGUAAAUGAAAAUAGCUCAAGUAUGGGACAUUGGAGCAGUGUUUCUAAACUCUCAGAGUGAUUCAGGAAAAGUUUUACCUAAGGUAGCAUUUAGGACAUUUUCAGGUGUAAUGAACACAAUAUCAAGUGCUAGUAGCUAAAACCUUAAGAACAUUGAUUGCUUACUUAUGGGGAAGUCUAGAGGUACACACUUCCAGAUUUGGUUUGGCAACUGAGCAAUUCAUCAAACUUAAGUCUUAACUCCCUAAUUUUCAGCAUAUAGGCUUUCAUUUUUUGCAGCCUCCCAGUUGUCAGAUGUUGGCCAUAACUGGAAGCUCUUAACUGCAAGCUCUUCUCUUCACACAACUCUUUCAGAAUCAGGAAGUAAGGAAAGGAGCUGAGGCUUUCUGAUCUGUUUGCUUUCUCCCUUUUAUCAUUGAGGAAGCCUUUCUCUGGAGAAGGGAGGGAUGCUGUGCAGUCAGGACUGCAGGUGCUCACUUGCUUCCUCUGCCUUUCUUUCUGCCUUUCUUUAUGUCCAGCCCUUUGAGAAGGCUUUAACCCAUUUCAACCAGUGUUUUAAACUUCUAAGUCCUUAGCUCAAAAUAUAUCUGGGUACACUUAGAAUCUGCCCAUUCUUUUUUUUUUAAGAUUUUAUUUUUAUUUAUUUGACAGAGAGAGAGCCAGAGAGGGAACACAAGCAAGGGGAGUGGGAGA